UUCAGAAUUAAGGUGGCUUAGUUGGACAUGCUGCCAUGAACAACAUGUGCAAACCAAUUUUCAUCCACGAAAACUGGCCGUUCUCAAUCUAUCACAUUGUGAAAUCACAAAGAAAUGGAUGGGUUGGAACUGAAUCAAGAUGGCAGUACAUCUCAAAUAUCUUAGUCUCACAUCUUGUCAUCGGCUAACUAGAACUCCUGAUCUUUCUGGAAAUCGACACUUGGAGGUAUUCAUUCUUAAAUACUGUGAAAAGUUGGUUGAGAUCGAUACAUCCAUUGGUUAUCUCAGGAACUUAGUCAUAUUAGAUAUAAUUGACUGCAAGAGUCUAGUGGAUCUCCCAACGGAAAUUCUUCAGUUGACUUCUCUUGAAAGACUCGAUUUAAAGGGAUGCAUUAGUGUAAAUAAGCUGCCAGAGAAAUUGGGCCACAUGAUCUCCUUGACAAAACUUGAUUUAAGUGGAUGCCAUGGGCUUGAAUCCCUUCCAAAUCUUCCUCGAGACUUGGAGGUAUUGAUUCUCAAAAACUCUACAAAAUUGGUUGAGAUCGACACAUCCAUUGGUUAUCUUAAGAACUUAGUCAAAUUAGACAUGAGUGGCUGCAAGAGUCUGGUGGAUCUCCCAAGGGAAAUUGUUCAGUUGACUUCUCUCAAAGAACUCAAUUUAAAGGGCUGCGAAAGUCUAAAUAAGCUGCCGGAGAAACUGGACUGCAUGAUCUCCUUGAGAACACUUGAUCUAAGUGGAUGUGUUAGACUUGAAUCCCUUCCAAAUCUUCCUCCGAGUUUAAAUUCUUUAGAUGCUUCUUCUUGCCAGUCGAUAAGUUCACUCCCAAUGCUUUCAAGUCUGAAAAAUCUAAAGGCAUUGAACUUUACAGGAUGCAGGAAGCUUCUAUACAUACCAAAUCUUCCCUUGAGUUUGACCAGCCUUGAUUUUAGUUCCUGUUCUUCAAUUCGAUACAUCUCAGAUCUUCCCCCAAGUUUGACCCACCUUUGUGUUAGUGAUUGCUCUUCAAUUCAAUACAUCUCAGAUCUUCCCUCAAGUUUGAUCAGCCUACAUGUCUCUUCUUGUGGGUCAAUUAGAAAACUAUCAACUACAUCAGGUUUGAGAAAUCUUGAGACAUUAUGUCUUCAACAGUGCCACAACCUAGAAAAAUUUGAAGGUGUUGAUAAGAGAUUGGACUCCCAGGUGUUGUUCACCAUGCAGGGCAGCUCAUUAAAAAGGUUUAAAAAACUGGCAGGCUGGAAAAACCUAAAGAAAUUAAUCCUCUUUGACUGCGGCAUAUCAGAUAUUGAAUUUGAAGACAAGGGAAUAGACUCUCUAGAGGAGUUGCAGAUAGUGGGUUGCCUUGCAUUAAAAACUUUUCCUGAUCUUUCAAACUUGAACAAGUUGCAGGUAUUGACGAUUGCAGAUUGUGGGAAGUUGACUGAAAUUCCAGGUCUUGACAGAUUGAAAUCCUUGAGAGAAUUUAGUAUAGGAUGGUGCAUGACCAUUCAAAGAUUACCGGAUCUAUCAAACUUAAAAAACUUACGUUUUCUAUGUAUUAGGAAGUGUCAGAACCUAACCAAGAUUCAUGGUGUUGACAGAUUGGAUUUUUUGGUGCAACUGUUUAUUGAAGAGUGUGAGUCUUUGGGAAGAUUACCAGAUCUGUCGAACCUAAAAAAUUUAUGGCGGCUAACAGUUCAAUUUUGCAAGAAGCUAACUGAGAUUCAAGCUGUUAAUGGAUCUGACAGGGUCUACGCAGUUGGAAAAUCUUUGAUUUUAUUGAAUACGACAGGGUCUACGCAGUUGGAAAAAUUUCCGGAUCUGAAUUUUAUGAUGAUAAAGCAACAGGCAUAUGGUGGGUAUGCCGGUUUCCGCUUAUACAUUGAUGACAUCAAGUCAAACCCGAGACAUACAGUAUCACAUCGUCGUAUUUCUUCAAGUUCUGGACUAUAUGACACUUCUUUUCACCAUGUGGCAAAGCCGAAUGAAGUGAAAAUUUUGUUGGCAAGUAAAUCCCAGGGCUACCUACUCAAGUUUCAGUCUGGACAGAGUUUGCCAAGUGGCUAACUAAGCAUUUAAUUAAGGACCACCUUGGGAUGCUUGGACUUAAAUGGGGUAUGGUAUCCUUAUCACGUGGGAGGGUAAAUGUUUGAAUUUGUAUAUGAAAAUUUCCACAUGACCACUUAAGACCAUUCCUUACAUAUCCAACUGUUGAAAUUGUUAGAGCACCCUUCCACUUGGCAAAUUAGUAGUCACGAUGGUUUACAAAACUAUCCUAACAUGUCUAUCUAAAUAUACUUUUGCCUUCAAAAUUUGAGAAAAUACUAAUAAGCACACUUCUCAUAUUCUUAGAACUUCUUUGCUAUAGAUUUAUAAGGGAGAGGGUUCCCUAAAAGGUAGCAUGCGCCCUUGUGCCAACAUGGAGGCUAAUGGGAGAGCACACUGAAACAUCAACAGCGAUAGGAUUUCCACCUUUCAUGGGUAUGGGGCAAUUAUUUUACCCUCCCCUGGCAAUAGGGGCUACACUGCCUUUUUGGCUUCCUUUUUCCUAUUUAUAAAUAUCUCAAGAGUGUCUCCCUCUGUUUCAGAAUUUUGAGACAAAAAGGUCCCAAACAUAGUUUGAUCAAUGUAUUUUUAUUUCUAUAUUUCUUUCCUCUUUUCUCAUAAACAAGCUCGCAAGACUAGGUUUUUUUCCUCUUUUCAUACCAGCAAUCUUCUAUUUUUGAGAGACAAAGAAUGUUUUACAUGUUGGCGUAGCUUUCAACACACUCUCAUUGUUUUACAAUGUCGGAAAGAUGGUUUGGUAUCUUACCAUUGCAUAGAUAAAAAUAUCCUAGAUAUGUUGUAUGUCAAAUUUUAUGGUCCAGAUAUUUUUUUGAUGUAAAAUUUGAUGGUCCACUCAGCUGUACAAACCACCAUGCAUUUAACCAUAUGAUCUGUCAUUUUGGUUCUUAUUUUUCAAGUAGUCCCACCUUCUCACACAAGUUUUCAUAGCAUCAUGAAGACAAGUGCAUGAGUCAUAUAGCGUGGAAUAUAAUAUAUGAUUAGGUAAUGAUAUGGAUAACAUGCCUACUAAAUUUAAGCUUUAAAUUAAUCCACAAAUGACACUUAUGAUGAUUGUAGAAAACUUACUAAGGCUGCGUUUGGUAGUCAUUCAGUUCUAGAAACGACGUUUCGUGUCAAAAACAGAAUUAUCAAUUUGUGUCAAAAUUCUGUU